AUGGGAGCCUUGUGGACCCGGAUCCUCAGCCCGAUCCUCAGCUCCCGCUCCUGCAGGAUUCCCAUGCCCCUCCCUCACUUCCCCGUCGGCCUCGACGCCGCGGGGAGGACCGCGAUCCUCUGCAAGCUGAAGUUGGGCCACGUCAUGUGCACGAUUCCCGCCACGAGCGCCUUCCGGCCAGGCUUCAGCGGGGAGACCGUCGAGUGCGAGGGCGUCCGCCUCACGCUGUGGGACAUGGGCGGCCAGGCGAGGCUGCGGCCUCCGUGGAGGCUCUUCUGCCGGAGCUUCAGCGCCGUCGUCUACGCGGUGGACAGCAGCGCCGGCGAGAGGCUGCAGGAGGCCAGGGAGGAGCUGGAGGCCGUGGUGAGUGCUGAGGAGGCCUUCGGGAUGCCUUUUCCCUUUCGCGGCGGGGCUUCCCUGCGGGUGGUGGCCAACCAGCGGGACCUUCCCGGGGCGCUGUACGUGCAGCAGGUGCGCGAGGGCCUCGACCUGCGGCGGCACGGCCGGCCCUGGCACGUGCAGCCCACGUGCGCCGUCACGUCGGAGGGCGUGCACGAGGCCCUGGCCUGGCUGGCCAGGGAGGUGGCCAAGUGA